AUGGAUCAUUUUGAUCCCGUAGCUAGUCUCAUUAUAAAUGAUCCUUUGUUAAUUCAAGAAGUUUUAAAAACUAAUGCUCGUUCUUAUCAAAAAUCUAAUUUUAUGCGAUUAAUUCUAAAAACAUUAUUAACCUAUCAUACUCUCUUAAUGACUGAAGAUAAUAUUAAUAGUCAACAUCGAAUUCUUAGUAAUGCAAAGAAUCAAGGAAUAGAUUUAACUGUUAAUAUUCACAAUGAAAUGGCACGUUUAACCUUAGAUUUUGUAAUUGGAUGUGUAUUUGAAAGUGGUUUAAUAAAAAAUGAAUAUUUUCAAGAAGUUAUUUAUCGAAAUGUUAUAACAACAUAA